GAACAAGAAAUACCCAUAGCUGUGAUAUCACUGCAAGCCUAGGGUCAGAUUCUCUCUCUCACAGCCAUCUUGGAUCCCGAGUCCUGACCUAGCAAAAAUGCCCGGUGAAGCCACAGAAACUGUCCCAGUGACAGAGCAGGAGAUGCAGCAGCCCCAAGUGGAGACGGCCACACCCUCUGCUCCUGCCGCAGCUGCUGCAGCUCCUGCAAAGCCCAAAAAGGGCAAGGAUGGACAUAAGCUGUCCUCCUCUCCAAGCACCACUGCCCCUAAACCUGUCCCUUCUGGCAGAAGAAAACGUUCCUCACUGUCUGCUUCCUCCUCUUCACCUACCUCUCCCAAAUCUUCCUCCGGUCUCCGUGAUACCCCUACCCGUUCCCCCUUGGUUUCCCCUCCUGUGGGCUCUCCUACGUCUGGUCAGGGAGAUAUGGCUGCACCCAAAGUGGUCAAGGCUAAACAAGUCAAGCACAAUAAGAAUGAGGCCUUUAAGCAUGUUAUGUCAGAAGAGCCAGCUGUAAAAGUUUGUUAUUUUAAUAAAAUACCUGAAGGUCAACUAGUUGAGGCCAAACCAGUAGAAGCUGAACCUAUAGUGUUUGUGGCUGAGCCAGUUGAGGCUAAACCCAAAGUGAUUGAGGCUAAGUCAGUAGAAGUUAAACCUGUUCUGCCUGUGCCUGAGCCAACUGAGGUUAAACCCAAAGUUGUUGAGGCUAAGCCAGUAGAAGUUAAACCUGUUCUGCCUGUGGCUGAGCCAACUGAGGUUAAACCCAAAGUGGUUGAGGCUAAGCCAGUAGAAGCUAAACCUAUAGUGUUUGUGGCUGAGCCAACUGAGGUUAAACCCAAAGUGGUUGAGGCUAAGCCAGUAGAAGCUAAACCUAUAGUGUUUGUGGCUGAGCCAACUGAGGUUAAACCCAAAGUGGUUGAGGCUAAGCCAGUAGAAGUUAAACCUGUUCUGCCUGUGGCUGAGCCAACUGAGGUUAAACCCAAAGUGGUUGAGGCUAAGCCAGUCGAGGCUAAGGCAGUAGAAGUUAAACCCAAAGUGGAGGAGGUUAAGCCAUUCGAAGUUAAACCAAAAGUGGAUGAGGCCAAGCCAGUUGAGGUUAAGGCAGUAGAAGUUAAACCCAAGGUGGAGGAGGUUGAGCCAUUAGAAGUUAAACCAAAAGUGGAUGAGGCCAAGCCAGUUGAGGUUAAGGCAGUAGAAGUUAAACCCAAGGUGGAGGAGGUUGAGCCAUUAGAAGUUAAACCAAAAGUGGAGGAGGCCAAGCCAGUUGAGGUUAAGGCAGUAGAAGUUAAACCCAAGGUGGAGGAGGUUGAGCCAUUAGAAGUUAAACCAAAAGUGGAGGAGGCCAAGCCAGUCGAGGUUAAGGCAGUAGAAGUUAAACCCAAAGUGGAGGAGGUUAAGCCAUUAGAAGUUAAACCCAUUGUGGAUGAGGCCAAGCCAGUUGAGGUUAAGGCAGUAGAAGUUAAACCCAUUGUGGAUGAGGUUAAACCAUUAAUUCAAGAAGCUAAAGAAAAGCCAUUGUUUCCUCUCCCUGAUCAGCCGUCCUCCCCCAAAAUGGCAACUCCUGUGUCAUUCACAAUUACCUCUCAACCUGCUGCUCCAGCUCCCAAGUCUUUUGCUGAAGCGGUAGCUUGUAGUCCACCUAAAAUGCCCCCAGUGUUCCCCAAGGUAGUCUCUGAGCCUCCUAAAAUUCAGCCUGUGCCUGUUGUGGUUGCUCCGCCAACUGAGGCAAAGCCUAGUGAGAAGCCCUCAGUGGUUUCUCCAGCCCAAGAGGAAGAUGAUGAUCUUCCCCCACUCAUCCCCCCAGAGAAGCCAGUCACUAUGCCAGUUUUCCAGCCCCCUACAGCUGUGCAGGCUCCACCAAAGGCCACUCCUGUUGUUGCCACGGUUGAGCCUCCAGCAGCCCCAAAGGCUGCCAUUGCAGCUGCCCAGAAGCCUGUAGCAGCACCUGCCCAAAAACCUGCCCUUACUCCAGAACCUGCACAAAAGCCUGCCACUACACCUUUAGCUGCACAAAAGGCUGUGCCUGCCCCUGCCCCUACCCCCGCUAAAGCCCCAUCAAAACCGGAGCCUGUGAUCAAGAACGACAAGGGGUCUGGUACUGAAUCAGACAGCGAUGAGUCUGUGCCUGAUCUGGAGGAACAGGAUUCUGCACAGACACAGACACAGCAGGCACAGCUUGCAGCUGCUGCUGAAAUUGAUGAGGAGCCAGUCAGCAAAGCUAAACAAAGCAGAAGUGAAAAGAAGGCCAGAAAGGCUAUGUCCAAGUUGGGUCUCCGCCAGGUGACUGGUGUUACCAGGGUAACCAUCCGCAAAUCCAAGAACAUCUUGUUCGUCAUCACCAAACCAGACGUGUACAAAAGUCCUGCUUCAGAUACCUACAUUGUAUUUGGUGAGGCUAAGAUUGAGGAUCUGUCACAGCAAGCCCAGUUGGCCGCUGCAGAGAAGUUCAAGGUCCAGGGAGAGGCCGUUUCAAACAUCCAGGAGAACACACAGACGCCCACCGUACAGGAGGAAAGCGAAGAGGAAGAGGUUGACGAGACAGGGGUCGAGGUGAAGGACAUUGAACUCGUGAUGUCCCAAGCCAACGUAUCGCGGGCAAAGGCCGUACGGGCCCUGAAGAACAACAACAACGACAUCGUCAAUGCCAUCAUGGAACUGACGAUGUAGGAGGACGCAAGAAUCGGGAUUGAAAUGAGAUGUUGCUGAUUUAAUCUACUAUUAUUUGUACACUUUAUACCCAAGCGAAAUAAAGGUGUGGCUUGACAAAAAGUGAA